UUCCUCUUGCUGGGGUAGGACAAGGAAGUAUUCUGUUGAGCAAAGAAACCUGGCAGGGUGCUAGAACUAUUAGGCACGAAAUACUAAAUUACGAAUAACAACUAAAAUGCUUAUUUAUUUGAUGAGCUUUUUAACUUUUCUUUACAUUUGGUGGAGAGUAAGAGAUGGAUCAAAAAUUAAAUCAAUCAAGGACAAAUAUAUACUGAUCACUGGAUGUGACACAGGAUUUGGAAACCAUGCUGCACAGACAUUUGAUAAAAGAGGAUUUAAAGUCCUUGCUACUUGUUUGACAGAGGUUGGAGCCAAUGGACUCAGAGAAACAACUUCAGAAAGACUUAGGACUGUGUUACUCGAUGUGACCAAGGCAGACAAUGUAACUAAACUAGCUGAAUGGGUAAGCAAAGAAGUUGGAGAUAAAGGACUAUGGGGUUUAAUAAACAAUGCUGGUAUUAUGGGAACCCUUGCUCCAAUGGACUGGCUGAGCAUUGAAGACAUAAGAGCGCCUAUUGAGGUUAACUUGAUAGGAUCAAUCCACGUUACACUUGUCAUGCUCCCCUUAAUAAAGAAAGCAAAAGGUCGAAUAGUUAACAUUUCCAGCGUUGGAGGCAGAGUCGCUGCUAGUGGAGGUGGAUAUUUUGCAUCUAAAUACGGUAUUGAGGGUUUUAAUGACAGCUUGAGGCGAGAUAUGAAAACAUUUGGAGUAAAAGUUUCUUGCAUUGAACCUGGACUUUUUGAUACUCCCAUGACAGAUGCUAUAAAGGUUAUUAAUAAGCGAAAGGAUCUCUGGAAACAACUUCCAUUGGAACUUCAGAAGGAAUAUGGAGACAAUUACAUACAAAAGGACGCUAAGAAAAAGCAAAAAUUAAACCAACGAAUCAAGACCACUGACCUUUCACUGGUUGUAUGGUGUAUGGAACAUGCAUUAACAAGCCAACACCCAAGAACAAGAUACUCCGUGGGUUUGGAUGCUGCAUUGCUUUGGAUACCUUUGUCUUAUAUGCCAACUUUUAUUCAGGACAUUGUAAUUCUAAGAAACAAAGUUGAGAUCCCAGCUUAAUUUGCAGAGUAAAUAAAAAAUAAGUAUUAGGUAAAAGCCAUGAAGACAAUGCCCAGCUCAAAGAACAUGUACCAAGUAAAUAAUUAUAUUAUAGGGUGUUAAUAAAAUAAUACCAUGCACUUUUUUUUUUUACAACUAGUGGAAAUAUUUCAACCGCAGUAAUAAUCUUAUAAAGUGUUUUUUUUGGGGGUUUUUUUAAUUUAAAGAAAAAAUGGUAAAGUUAAAGCUGUUUUGAUUUUGAAGUUAACAAGAUGUGCAACUGGUAUGAUUUGUUACUGGUUGAAAUAAAAUUAUUAAAAUUAUUGGUUGACAGUAACAUGCUCCACAAGCAUGAAUUAAACAAUUAUCAAUACAAUAAUGCAUUGCUAUUUGUUAGCUUACCGAGGCAGGAUACCAAAAGAACAAAGUAAAAAUGAUAAUAAAAGCAAAUUGAAAAGUCUCAUAAAAUUGAUUGCUCUGUAUGAACCAUAAAAAUGUUAUUUUGA